GUGCUUCUUGUUGAGAUUGUUGCUGACUGGGUGCGCGCAGAAUGGCUACGAAUCGCAUAAUCACGAUAGCGAUUAUCACGGUGCUGGUGCUGCUUAUCGUCGCGGUCAUAGUGAGCAAGUUCAGGUGAAGGCGUGUCGCUGCCAGCUAGCUACCUAGCUCAGAUAAGCAAGCAAGCGAGCAAGCAAGCCUGAAGAGCUUUAUGACUUUCCAUGGACGCGGCGUUUGCGGGUUUACGUAUGUUUCUGUACAGUUGGUUCGCGUCUACAUUUUUCUUUCCUAGUAACCAUUACGCUGCUUUGGUUUUCAUGCUCUAUACGCCUUCUCUCUGUCUCUAUCUCUCUCUUUCUUUCUCUCUUUGUCUGCUGGCCAGACACCCUGCUCCAGCUUUCUUUGGCUUGCCCGCUUGCUUGUCGUUUAAGACGGGCUUGCGUCUUGCGACUAGAUGGACGUUUUGGGACGGGGUUUUUGCGUAUAGGAACGACGGACCCGAACACAACACAACACGCCCAUUGCUGGAGCCACUAUGCGGAACAGAUAUGUACGUGGCCGCGCCGCGACGAGCACAGCAGGACCUCGAAGCCGCAUGCAACACUGGCAUCGGAAAUGGAACAUGCAAGCAUAGGAGGCAUCUGCGACAGCCUUGCUGUGCCUGGCGGAAUGCGGGGCACUCAUCGUAAUGGGGACUAUGGGUCGAGAUAUACGAUGGCUUUACACUGGGAAGACAUACAUAAUUAGAGUGUCGGUUGCACGACUUCACGCAGCGCAUGCUUCGGUUAGA